UACACUACACAGACAGCACUUAGGAGAGUCCAGCCAAACAUUUUAUCGACAAGGCCAGUCAGUCAAGGUGGGGGGUGCGAGUCUAUGCCACCUCUCACGUCCCUCUCCUGCGUUCGUUUGUGUGUGCUCUGCAUUCCUAUCGUCAUUUAAGAAGCCCUGUCUGCUAUCUGCUGCUGCUGCAAGACGAUCCUCACAUUGCCGCUGCCGCUGCCACUGCCGCCGCCCUCGCCGUUGCUAUCACCAUCACCGAGUCACUGCACAAGACCGGAAGAAGCUGCUUGCUACCCACAGCACGCUGCAUCUCUUGCUGGUCCCCGCCGUGAGCUCGGUGUCCUCUUGGUCAUAGCAUCUCCAUACGAACAAUCAACAUGGAGUCUCAGGUCGAGAAAGCUAUCGAGAUUGCAUGGGACACUACCUCUGACCAUACCCUCAAGAGCCAGGCGAUCGAAUAUGUCCAGCAGCUACAUCAUGAUCCUCAAGGAUGGCGGGUAUGUGCUUCCCUCUUUGCCAGACCACAACGGCCCUCCGAAGUCGUCCGCCUAGUCGCCCUGGAGAUAGUCAACAACGCCAUCCACAACCAAUCCCUUGACUUUCAGAGCCUAAUCAGCCUCCGUGAUGCCCUCCUCGAAUACAUACGAGCCAACUAUGCCUCGGGCCAGCAAUCCCAGCCCGAUCCGAGUAGUCUUCAAAACAAGCUCACCCAGAUCCUCACCUCCCUUUUUGUUAGUCUGUACAAAGAAGGAUGGCAUGGUUUCGUCGAUGAAUUCUUAGCUCUCACGGUUACUCCCGGUAGCUCACAGCGUGACAAUAUUGCCGGCGUCGUCCUGUACCUACGUAUCCUUGGUUCUAUCCACGACGAGAUUGCAGAUGUCCUAGUUGCGCGGCAGGACAACCAGGUCCGAGUGCAUACCGAACUAAAGGAUCUUCUAAGAGAUAGAGACGUUGGGAAGAUAGCACAGUCCUGGCAGGAUCUGCUAGGCUUGUACCGUGAUCAAAAUGACAGCAUUGUGGAGAUGACCUUGAAAGUAAUUGGGAAAUGGGUUAGCUGGAUCGAUAUCUCCCUAGUCAUCAAUGAUGCAAUGCUUGGUCAUAUCUUUCCACUAAUAGGAAGGACGAACACUUCGGGCCAUGGUGACAAAGUUCGCGAUGCGGCUGUCGAUGCCUUCAACGAAAUAGUUGGGAAAAAGAUGCGCCCAGCCGACAAAACCCAGAUGAUCUCGUUCCUUAAUCUGAACGAAGUCAUCUCCCAGCUUAUUGCAAGUCCUCCGCUAAAUGAACGAAAGGGUACAUCUCUCUACGACACAGACCUGGCCGAAGCUGUCGCAAAGCUUGUCAACACCAUUGUAGCCGACCUUGUGAGGGUAUUGGAGGACCGCUCCACUGAUGAUAGUACUAGAAUCAAAGCAACAGAAUUGCUCCACGACUUUGUCGCUCCCCUGCUACGCUUCUUCUCUGAUGAAUAUGAUGAAGUAUGCUCCACUGUCAUUCCAUCUUUGACCGACGUUUUGCAGUAUUUCCGCAAAUUGUCGGAACUUCCGUCCUCCUUUUCCGAGAUGCUUACACCUAUCCUCAAUGCCAUCAUUAUGAAGAUGCGUUUUGACGAAACAUCGUCGUGGGGCCAAGAAGACGAAGAAACAGACGAAGCUGAAUUUCACGAGUUGCGUAAGAAACUGCAAAUGCUGCAGAAAAGUGUCGCCGCAGUGAACCAAACUCUUUACAUCGAAGUCUUGUCUAAUCUUGUCGCCACUAUCUUUCAAUCCCUGGACGAGCAAGGUUCUGGACUGGAUUGGAGGGAUCUCGACUUGGCUCUUCAUGAGAUGUACCUUUUUGGCGAGCUUGCCAUGCCAAAUCAAGGAUUGAGCACCAAAAAUCAACCCUCACCUGAAGCUUCCGAGAGACUAGCAGCUAUGAUGACUAAGAUGGUGCAAUCAGGCGUUGCCAAUUUUCCUCAUCCCGCUAUUCUAUUACAAUAUAUGGAAAUAUGUCACCGGUACUGUGCCUAUUUCGAGACACAGCCCUCACUGAUUGGCCAAGUAUUAGAGAGUUUCGUGACUUUAGUCCACCAUGAGCAUGUUCGGAUUCGCACUCGUUCCUGGUAUCUCUUCUCUCGUUUUGUGAAGCAUCUGAGGGCUCAGGUCGGUAAUGUUGCCGAAACAAUAAUCCAAUCCAUUAGCGAUCUGCUUCCGAUCAAGGCUGAAAUUCCUGGCGAUGAUGCGGACGACGACAUGUCUUCAGACGAGACAGACAACUCAGCAGAUGCUGUGUUCAAUGCCCAGCUAAAUUUAUUUGAGGCAAUUGGGUGUAUAUCAUCGACAGCUACCACUCCGACAGACAAGCAAGCUCUGUAUGCUCGCUCUGUGAUGGAUCCCCUAUUUGCGGAUAUGGAACGACAUCUUCCCCGUGCAAAAUCAGGAGACACGCAAGCUAUACUUCAAAUUCAUCAUAUUAUUAUGGCUUUGGGUACGCUAGCACACGGCUUUUCCGACUGGACUCCUGGUGCGAAUACCUCUAGCCAACGGCCUCCACCUCCUAAAGCUGUUUCAGACGAGUUUGCCAGGGCUGCUGAGGCCAUAUUGAUUGCCCUCAACGGGCUCAACACAUCUUCUGAUAUUCGUGCUGCCUGCCGAUCAGCGUUCUCACGGCUACUAGGAGUACUAGGGUCCGCCGUGCUCCCACAGCUCCCUCAGUGGAUUGAAGGAUUGUUAUCCCAGAGCUCGUCCAAGGACGAAAUGGCCAUGUUCCUUCGUCUUUUGGACCAAGUUGUGUUUGGAUUCAAGUCCGAAAUUUUCGAUGUACUCAAUAUUCUGUUGACACCACUAUUGCAGAGGGUGUUUGGAGGGCUAAGAGAACCUAUUAGCGGUACAGACGAUGAGAUACAACUGGCCGAGCUAAGGCGCGAGUAUCUUACAUUCCUCGGCAUUAUUCUGAACAACGACUUAGGUGGUGUUCUUGUCUCCGAAGCGAACCAAGGGUUUUUCGAGGAGAUGAUGGGAUCCAUUUUGUCCCUAGCCACUGAAAUUGAACCUGCUUCCGGAAACCUCCCUGCGAGCAAGAUUGCUUUUGGUCUCCUAACCAAGAUGGCUAUGGUCUGGGGAGGGCCAGAUGUUGCAAGCAUCUCAGAAAAUCCAACUACACUUGGAUCACCAUCUCCAGUCAUUCCCGGCUUCGAUCAGUUAAUUCUAAUUGAUAGAUUCCACUCUGCCUGCUGGCAAGUCUUACUCAACGAACAAUUUCGACCAUCAGCAGAUGCUCAAACCAAGCAAGUAUUGAAUGAAAUUGCUGGCCUGGAACAAGCUAUAUACCUGAAAACAGGCGAGAGUUUCAUACAGCAUCUGCAGUCAACACUUUUUCCACAAUUCCGGAUUAACGGAGACGAGUUUCUACGAUCCAUGACCACCUCUACUGAUAGAAAAUUGUUUGCAAGAUAUCUCCAGGGACUUAAAGACAGCAAGCUCAAGUCAUAAAGGGGUUGGGGAAAUUCAAAAUAAAAUGAUAAAAUUACUGUUUAGCAGAGGAUAUGCUGAACAACCACGCCGCCGUUCUCGCCACCAUUGCAUAUACCAUAGGAGUUGAGGGGCGAAUUAUACCAACAGCAUCAAAUUCUGGUGUGUGUUCCUUGUACUUGGGCUUCAUAGACGAGAUUAUGAGAAGUGAUAUGACCUCUGAGGUUUACACAUAAUGAUUUUGUUUCGUGAUAUGUCCUGUGCGUUAGCCUGUUAUGCGGCGGUAAUGAUGAAAGUAUGAUCGUCCAAUGUACUCUACAUAGCUGUUCUGUGCCAUUAUGCCGUUACAUUAUUCGUGCGUAGUACUAUGCUUGUGCUGGCUGACA